AUGAGCGACGCUUUGAAAGAUGCGCCUUUCCAGACCGUCCAGGUCGAGGCAUUGGUGAUCAUGAAAAUUGCCAAGCACUGCUCCUCGACGUUUCCCACUGUUGCGACAGGAUCUAUUGUUGGUAUGGAUCAAAAUGGUGUUCUCGAGAUCACCAACACUUUCCAGUUCCCUACCGUCGAAGGCGCUGUAACCGAGGGCCACCAAAACGAUACCUCCCAGAUCGCAGCCGCUGCUCCCCGACAGAAGGCCAACAUUGCCUACCAGAAUGAGAUGAUCCGACACUUGAAGGAGGUGAAUGUCGACGCCAACAAUGUUGGAUGGUAUACCAGUGCCACCAUGGGCAACUUUGUCAACAUGGGCUUCAUCGAGAACCAGUACCACUACCAAAAGGACAACGACCGAACUGUCGCGCUUGUCUACGAUACUAGCAAGAGCUCUCAGGGGAACCUGACGCUGCGGGCAUUCCGUCUCACCAGCACCUUUAUGGCUGCAUACAAGGAGGGCAAGUUCACAACUGAGAGCCUUCAAAAGUCAAAGCUCACUUUCCGCGAUAUUUUGGCUGAGCUGCCUAUCAACGUGCACAACUCUCACCUCCUCACCUCGUUCCUCCACCAGAUCCCUACUCCUCCCGCCGAAGAGGAGAUUGAGCAGCCCAACUCAGUUUCAGACCUCAAGAGAGACGCCGUCAAGCCUCCCCUGUAUCCCUCUAUCGACAGCCUCGACCUCUCCAUUGAUCCUUUCCUCGAGAAGACGUGCGACUUGCUCCUUGAGAGCAUCGAGUCCCACUACACCGACCUCAAUAACUUCCAGUUCUUUCAACGCCAAGUCACCCGUGAGCAGGCGAAGAUUUCGCAGUGGCAGGCGAAGCGGAAGGCUGAGAAUGCUCAGCGUGCUGUGGCCAAACAGCCUCCUCUGCCCGAGGAUGAGUGGCAGCGACUGUUCAAGAUGCCCCAGGAGCCGAGCCGACUUGAGGGUAUGCUGAACGCCAAGCAGGUCGAGCAAUACAGCAAGCAAGUGGAUGGAUUCACCUCCAACGUGACAACCAAGAUGUUUGCCGUACGGGAGAACCUGAUGCCGCAGUAA